AUGGAAGUGAUGAGAUCCCGACAGAUGAGGACUUUGGACUUAUUUUGUGAAGCUUGCAAUGAAGUGUCUUUUAAUGUACCUCACAAAAUGAAGAUGGGGAUGUUUAUUGGCAGAGUAAAAAUGAAACAUUGUCUUAAUGAUACUGGAAUUAUUGGCAUAAACAAUCCUAAUUUUAUAAUUCUGGAAGAUGGUUCACUGUAUACCAAAAAUGCUAUUUCUUUGACUACACAUGAAAGUAUCAUUACUGUAUUUUCAAAAAAUAUUUAUACACAUGAGCAAAAGCGGAUAUAUGUUAGCUUGCUAACAUACCCCCAAAAGGACUCAAAAACUAGGAGAAGGCAUGUCCGAGCAACUGUUGUGGGACGAACAAAACGAAGAUGGGCUCCAGUGCCAACUAUUAUAAUGGAAAACUCACUAGGGCCUUUUCCUAUGCAAAUUCAACAGCUGUCUUCUGACAUGGCACUAAAGUACAAUAUUAGAUAUUUCAUUACUGGCCCUGGUGUUGACAAACCACCACUGAAUUACUUUUACAUUGAACAAGAAACUGGAAAUCUCUUUGUUACUUGCCCAAUAGAUCGGGAAGAAUACCCAGAAUUUCAGCUCAUUUGCUAUGCAAUGACACCGGAUGGAUAUACCCCAGAAAUCCCACUUAUUCAUAUAAUCAAAAUAGAGGAUGAUAAUGAUAAUACUCCAGAAUUUGAGUACAAUAUUUAUACUUUUCAUGUACCUGAAAACAGUAUAAUUGGAACAGUAGUUGGACAAGUGACUGCAGCAGACAAAGAUGAGCCCAAUACACUGCAUAGUAAAGUGAAAUACAGAAUUAUAUCCCAGAAUCAUCAGAAACUUCAUGAAUUUAUUAUAGAUCCGGAUUCAGGCUGUAUUACGGUAGCAUUACAUCUGGACAGAGAGAUUGUGUCAGCAUACACACUACACAUAGAAGCAAGAGAUAUGGGAGGCGAAGAGUUUGGUUUGUACUCUACAGCAGCAGUACAUAUUGAAAUUGGAGAUGUAAAUGAUAACCUUCCUCAAGUAACACAAAGUAUGUAUGUAGUGGAGAUAUAUGAAAAUAUAGAACAUGCAGAAAUAUUAUGUAUUCCUGUUGAAGAUAAAGAUGAACCCAGAACAUCAUCAUGGAUGGGUGUAUUUGCUAUUACUAAAGGAAAUGAAGAUAAUAGUUUUGCUCUUAGAGUUGACCAACAGCAGAAUAUUGGGUGUUUAAGCACUUUAAAGGAACUGGAUUAUGAGAAAAGCCAUGAGAGAAGAUUAGAAAUUGUCGUAAACAAUGAAGCACCUUAUGUUUCACCUCCCAAUUCAAGAGCUCUUCCAACAACUAUGGUGAGCAUUGUGGUCAAAAUUAAGGAUCAAGAUGAAGGACCUGUAUUUGAAUCUUGUGAAUACAUUCUAUACAUAAAUGAACGCAUGUUGGUUGGCACAGUGGUUGGUAAUUACCAAGCAAUGGAUCCAGAAACUGGAAACAAACCCUUAAGUUACAGAAUAAUAAAGGACCAAUGUGGUUGGAUCACCAUUGAUGAAAUAGGAAACCUCAAAGCAACUGACAUUUUAGAAAGAGAUUCAAAAAACAUAGAAUACAGUCAAUGCAAUGUAACGGUAUCUGCAAUUGAUCAAAGUGGUAAAACAGGAAAUGGGGUAAUUGUGAUAAAACUUGCUAUUGAGAACAAUUACCCAGUGAGUACCAGUAAACACUAUGUCAUGUGUAAAGAUAAAAAACCAAUCUGUAUAAACGCCAGUGACAUUGAUUUGCCGAUGUCCACUAUGCCUUUUCAUUUUGAAAUAGAGAAACCAAUGGACUUAAAAUGGAAGUUAACUCCAAAUGAUGAUGCAUCAGCACUGCUUUCUCUAGUUGAAGAUAUAGACUAUGGGUACCAUUAUAUUCUUCUCAGAAUAUGUAAUGGAGAAAGCAUCAGAAAAAGUGAAAUAUUAGUUCAUUAUUGUGACUGCGCAAUUCCAAGUAACUGCUCCAAAUCCACCACAAACAUAUCAGUGGGUUAUUCUCCUUCAGACAUUCAAGUAGAGCGCACUCCAGCUGCAUCAAGUCUUUUAGGAGCCUGGAGCAUUCCUGCAAUGGUCAUGGGUUCAUUAGCAAUGCUAUCAGGCUUUGGUGCACCUUUUGGACUUUGGCUCUACAGAAAACAUCGCACACCUCAGGAAGAACCUGAUUUAACAUUUGAGAAUUUAACAAGAUCAAACACUGAGGCACCAGGUGAAGGAAACACAAGACCAAACACUGAGGCACCAGGUGAAGGAAACGUAAGAUCAAACAUUGAGGCAUCAAGAAAUACAGCAAUGGGAAACAUUGUGAAGAAAUGGAUGACAGAGGACAAGUGGAUUAUUAUUCAGCCAGUAAGCACUCUGGAAUAUACAAUUAGAUCUGGGUACAGACUGUUCGGGAUUUUUUUUUCUAAAAUGUUUUUUUCUUCAGAAAUUCUAUUGUUAUUCUUCAUAUUCCAGAAUUUAAACAUCAUUCCCGUGUCAACAAUGAAUGAAUUCAUAAAUACGAAUACAGACGUAGUAAAAACUGGAAAGAAAGAUUUGGAAACAGGAAAAAGAGGAUGGCAUUCCACAUCAGAAUUAAUCAAGGGAGGAAAAGUGAAUCAUGUGGCACUAUCUUUACAAAACUGUGCGCCUUCUUUAAGGAAUUCAUUCAGAGAUUUCUGUACAGAAUGGCAGAGGUUCACUAACCCUCGCUUAUCUGAAAUGGUAUUUCUUUGUGGACAAGAGGAAGAAUAUAACCUGGCUAAAGAGUAUUUACACACAUAUAAUUACGAAGGCAAAGACUCACCAACUGGUACUCUAAGUUUCUGUACAGGAGAGUCAGAAGAAGAGAAACUGAGUUUUUUAAACCAGCCAGAGCCUCCAUUCCGGACAUUAGUUGAAGUUUUUGUACAGAAGGAUUGCCUUUAAACUAUUCCUGAAAAUCAGCUGACUUCAACUAGGAAAUUCCCCUUUGCAGAUUCCAUUGAAAUGAAUGAACGGUCUUAAGAAGUUCUAAUGAACUGUAAUAGAAUUUUAAAAGAAUUUCUUCCCCACAGUUGUGUCUAUCAAUUCAUUCUUUAUGGGAUAUUUUGGGAUUUUAAAGAAUUAUUUUAAACAGACUACAAUGGA